AUGAAUGAGGAUACCCUCGAGUUAGCACAGGCUGUAGUCAUCCCUCUAGCAAUAUUCAUACCUUUAUUUCGUGAAAUCACAGACAUUACUAAUGAUAUUAUUGAGUUAUAUAAAACUGCUCAUACCAACAAAAGAAUUUGUGGUGUACUACUUGACAGGGUCCAAGCAACUGAGGCCGCAGUAAAAAACUUGAUCCUUCGUGAAAAAGAAAAAUCCGAGUUUUUUACUGGACCAAAUAAUGUUAUUAUAAGAAAAUUAGUUUGUAUCAUGAAAAAAAUUAAAGAAUUUAUUAAAGAAAUUAGUGAGCUUAAAGGUUUGAGAAAAUAUCUUGUUAGCAAAGGGGUAGAAGAAAGAUUUAAAGAGCUUACUAAUGAAUUUGAUGGUUAUAUAUUCAAUUUAAAUUUUACAAUAACCAUUGAAUUAAGAGCGCAAAUCGAAAAAGAUAAUGAUGUCUUACGUGUUGAUCAAGAGGAAACGAAUCAGCUACUUUUUCAACUAGCGGAAAGUAUAAAUUUCAACCAAAAAAAGGUCGAUAGUGACAUCAGUUAUAUUAAAGAGGAUGUUGUGAGUGUUAAAAAAGAUGUCGCUGUAAUAAAAAAUCAAUUUAUCUUGAUGGUGAAAUGUUUUGAAGAAUUUGCUAUAAUCAAAGAACGUGCAAAGAACAUUGCUGAUGCGUCAUUAAAUAUCUUGGAUUUCACACCCACUUCAGAAACGCGUGGCAAAGUUCGAAAGUGGACGAGGAAGUCAGAUGAUUAUGAUGUUGCUUUUAAAGAAAUGGAUGAGAGCCUUUUGAAAAACCUUAAUCGUGAAGUUGGUCUGUUGAAAAUGCUUCAAGAAUCACGUGAUGUAAUCCAGUUCUUCGGUUUAGUGGAGGAUAAGCAUCAUUCAACAUUAUAUCUUGUUACUGAAUGGGCACAACACGGAAACCUACGUGAAUAUUAUAAGAAACAAAAGCUUGAUCAAUCUUCAAAAAUUCAAAUUGCGCUAGAUAUCGUUCGUGGACUUAAUUUUCUUGAGGCCUACCAAAUACUACACCAUGAUAUCCGAAGUGCAAAUAUCAUGAUCGGCACUUAUGGAAAUGCGAAAAUUGCAAACUUUGGAAUGAGUCGCGGUUUUAUUGAUACUUCGAGAAAUAUUAAAUCGACUUCUAAUACUAUUCGGUACAUGGCUCCAGAAAAGAUACGCGGUAUGCCUUAUGAUUCACGAUGUGAAGUUUUCAGUUUCGGAAUGUUACUUUGGGAAAUAGCUGAAAUGGAACUGCCAUUUUCAGAAUAUAAACAUGAAUAUGAUAUCAGGAAUAAAAUAUUGGAAGAUCCUAUACAAUUAUCUUUUAAGAAUGAUAUGCCUAUAAAAUGGAAAAAACUCGUUUUGAAAGCAACGAAUUGUAAUCCGGAUAAACGUCCUCAAUUUAAAAAAAUACUUGCGAAGCUUAAGGAUUUAAAUCAAACACCAGUCACAUCUACUGACCAAAAUGUUUCAUCCCAAAAAAAAGCAUAUAUAAAAAAUAUUAUGUCAAUUGAAGAUGCGAUAAAACAACAUAAUAAAAUGGAUGGUGAUAAAGCUAAAGCUUGGGAAUCUUUUGAAUUUUAUUCUCAACUGGGUGACGCAACAGCAAAAUAUUAUAAAGCUUAUUAUCUAUACAAAAAUUUUCUGGAGUCCCCAUGUUCUAAAGAACAAAGACUUAAUCAAGCUGCUAAACUGUUUAAAGAAGCAGCUGAUGAUGGUGAUAUAACAAUUUCUCAGUAUUAUUAUGCAGUAUGCUUAUACCAUGGUCUUGGCGUGGAAAAGGAUUUAAAAUCUGCCUAUGAAUAUUUUUGUAAAGCAGCUCAUAAAGGUGAUGCGAACUCAAUGUUUAAUAUUGGAAAUAUGUAUUAUGAAGGCGUAGGUGUUGAGAAGAAUGUUGAAGAAGGUAUUCAUUGGAUUAAAAUGGCUGCUUAUAAUGAUCUUGCUUCAGCUGUUAAGCUAUGUGAGGAAAAGAGUAUCCCACUUUGA